AUAUUAUACUAAUUCAUUAGCUUUACUAUAAUUAGCUUAACCCUAUCCAUUGAUGAUGAUCACACCACUGUCCUUUCUAUCUCCACAUUUAUGGAGGUAUACAACAGAAACUGUACCUACACAUUUGUCUUCUCCAACAACAGUAAGAAAACACAGACAGGUGACAAUGGCAAGCAGCAAUGGCGAAAAUGAUCAGAAUCAAGGCAAGACUCAGCAUGGACAAAUUGGGCACAAGCAUCUCCUGCAAACUGAUGCUCUUCAUCAAUAUAUACUCGAAACCAGCGUGUAUCCGAAGGAGCAUCCGUUGUUGAAAGAACUUCGCGAGGUUACAGAAAAGCAUCCAUGGAAUUUGAUGGCCUCGUCGGAUGAUGGAGUGCAGCUGCUGAGCAUGAUAGUUAAGCUCAUCGAUGCCAAGAACACAAUCGAGAUUGGAGUUUACACCGGCUACUCGCUGCUCGCCACUGCCCUUGCCAUGCCGGAGAAUGGCAAGAUUUUGGCAAUAGAUCCAAACAGGGAGUGCUAUGAAAUAGGAUUACCGAUAAUUCGAAAGGCCGGCGUCGAACACAAGAUCGAUUUCAGGGAAAGUAAAGCACUCCCUAUUCUUGACAGCUUCAUUGAAGAUGGAGAGCAUCGCCGAGCAUUCGAUUUUGUGUUUGUAGACGCUGACAAGGACAACUACAAGAACUACCACAAGAGGUUGAUCGAGCUUGUGAAAGUUGGAGGAGUUAUCGGAUAUGAUAAUACCUUGUGGAACGGAUCCGUGGCUGCGCCAUUAGAUACACCCUACAAGAGCUACAUUUUGAACAGCCGCGGCUAUUUGAUCGAGUUCAACAAGAUGUUGGCGUGCGAUCCAAGGGUCGAGAUUUGCCAGCUCUCGGUUGGGGAUGGAAUCACAUUGUGCCGGCGUAUUACCUGA